CAUUAAAAACAAUAGCGGAUAGUGGCGAUUUUUUGUAACAAUGGCAGAUCCAAGAAUUCGUCAAAUAAAAAUUAAGACCGGCGUUGUAAAACGUAUAGCUAAAGAGAAGGUUGUGUACGAAAAGGAGGCUGAACAGCAGAAGAAUAGAAUACAGAAGAUAAAAGACGAAGGACAGGACGAACAUAAUAUUAGGAAGCAGGAGGAAGUUUUGCAGGAGUCGCUUAUGAUGGUCCCUGACUGCCAAAGGCGGCUAGUGAAGGCAUUUAACGAUCUCAAGACAACCUUAGAAACUGAACAGGAUCUCAAAGAGCACGAGGACUACAUAGCCGCUGAACAAGUACUCCGGGACGCUGAGAGUCAGCUCCCUGAAAACGCAGCUUUAUAAUAAAACUCAAUUAUUUCUAAUAACUUUUAAAACUACAACAAUCAUGUCAUAUAAUCCUAAUUUUUAUAAUAAUUUUUGCGGAAAUAAUUCUACAUUCCAAAGUUUGCCACGUUUUGUAAGACCCCCACCAUAUUUUGUGCCACCUCCACCACAGCCACCACCAUUCUUCAUUCCUUCUUCGACCCCAGCAUCUAAAAGAGAAGAAGCUGAUCAAGAGUUUCUGAGAACCUUUGAAAGCAGAGUACCUGUGAGUGAACAAAUACAAGCCAGUAUCAAGCCUAUGUCAAUAUCUGAAGUCCGUGAAGAGAUACGUAGAAUGCUUCUCAUUCUUAAUUACUUGAAAGAUAAAGAGAGAAUGUUAUCGGAAAACAUUAGCACCUUACCUGACAAAGAAUGGAGAUCCCAUAUAAAGGAGAUUGAAGAAAAUAAAACAUCAAUUACUAAAACAAUGUCCCUUAUCAAUGGUCCACACUUAGAUAUGUUACGGAAGCUUCUAGGCAAGAGAUCAGCAAAAAGGUUGCGAUUGAAAAGAGUCCACAUGGAGAAGAAAAAAGAAAAGGAGGAAAGAAUUAAAGAGUUGAAAGAGAGAUCUAGGAAGAUUGAUGAGAAUUUGCAGAAAAUUCAGGAUGAUAUCAACAAAGCUAAGCAGGAAGAAGAAAAUAAGCUCCAAGCGGACAUAGUACUGAAAGAAGUUCUCCGCAAGAAGAGUGAUGCUAAGAAAUGCCUGACCAAGCUGGAUGCUCUGCUCAAACUACGUAAAGCUAGACAGAACACUGCUUUGGGACGAGGGGAGAUAGUGUCUGAUAGUGAGGCUGCUGCUUUCAAUACUCACAUUGACAAACUGAAAUCUCUAUGGUCCAAAAAGCUGUUACUCUACGAGCGUGAGGAAUCAGAUCUUCGUGCUCAGCUCAGUGAAGACUCGACACUAGUAAAUACCCUGAAAGCUGAAGCUGAACAGAACGUAGCCUCAAACUUAGCUAAGUGGCGGGAAACACUGUUUGGAGGGAAAAUGCCCCAAGUUGACUUUGAAGGCAAUGUUGAUAAAUUUGUUGCUGUCAGAUCGCAGUGGGAUACCUACAUAAGCAGAGAAGGCACAAGUCUGCCCGUCGGUUGGGUCCCUCCAUCUGUUAGGGCUGAAGACAAACCUUCAUGAAUUGAUGUACGUCAUAACGAACAGUAUUUGCAACAUCAACGUAAUCUAUAUUUAUUUGCAUUUAAUGUAUGUGGCCUUAAUUGCAAUGCUUUUUCAAUAAAAAAUGCAUUUAUAGUA